AUGCAGACAAAGAAAGCGUGCAUUAUUAUAUCGAUGUGUAUCUUUAUUUAUCAAGUGUGUGGGCGCUCGCACAAACACAAGUCAGACGACGACGCUGAUUAUCUCAUUGAAGGGCAGGCAGAGAAAGAAGGAAUUCUUAUAUCCACAUUCGCAGGGCCUGACACUAAAUACAUAGCGAUAAAGGACAGAAAGGUUGUUGUUGUGGACGACCCAAAAGACGCCAACUUAUUUGAUAUUGACCUCCCAACUAAGGAAUCUACGCCGCAAGAGAUAAUGCUAGAGCCAUGGGUGGAGGGAAAGAAGCACGUAAUUGAGUCAGAUUCACUUGGGGAUGGCUUGAGUGUUGAAAUUCCAAUUGAGUCUGGGCAGAAAACAGAGUCAAAUCUAAUGAUCAUCCGGGAGGUGGUUGCAAAGAAUGCAUUCAACCCAGUUUUUGAAAUUGUUUCAGCAAUCAGACAAAAGUGUUUCUCUAUUGACGCGCUCACAGCAGAAAUUAGCUUGCAGGCGUGCUCCAAUGGGUCAAAUGACAUGCGAAUGUUUGUUUUUACUUCAAUGCGGGAGGCGCUAAAAAAAGAGGCAGACAAGCGUGGGGGUGGCGACUUUAGCAUGCCUGAGUUCACUGCAAACACGCGUGUUCCAGCUGGUGCGCUGGUUGUAGGAAGCAACAGCGGGGUGCUCUACUCACGCUAA